AUGGGUGCCCGUCUGCACAAUGUCCGCGUCGCCGUCUGGGGAGAAGCGCCCGAGACCGCCGAAGAACGCAAGACCUACUGUUGCGUCGCCUACUUCUUCAACUAUCUCGACCGCGCCGUCCUGGCCAAUGCCUACGUGUCGGGCAUGAAGGACGACAUCCACCUCAAGGGCAACGAGUACCAGCUGCUAGUGACAUGUCUGUCUGUCGGAUACAUUAUCGGCCAGGUGCCGCACGGGCUCGCCAUCCAGAAGAUCGCCCCUCGCAUCUGGUUCCCCUCCAUGACGCUCAUUUGGGCCUGCCUCACCAUGGCCAGUGCUGGAUGCAACUCGUUUGGCUCUCUAGCCACCGUGCGCUUCCUACAGGGUAUCUUUGAGGCCUCGACCUACAGCGGCACGCAGUACGUCAUCGGCAGCUGGUACAAGAGCGCCGAGAUUGGCAAGCGGGUCGGCCUGUUCCAGGCUUCGGGCAUGGUCGGGACCAUGUUUUCCGGCGUAAUGAUGACGGCCAUCUGGAAGACCAUGGACGGAGUGUCGGGCAUGGCCGGCUGGAGAUGGAGUUUCAUAAUUGAUGGAGUGAUCACCAUUCCAGUGGCCAUCUUCGGCUUCAUUUUUUUCCCCGACCUCCCCGAGACGACGAGCGCGUUCUAUCUCAAGCCGCACGAACGCGAGCUGGCCGUGAACCGGCUGCCGCCCAAAAACCCAGACGGCCACAGGAUCGGCUUCUCUCUGGUCAAGCGGGUGCUCUUCACGGCCAAUUUCUGGAUCUUUACCAUAUUCUGGGUCAUUGGCGGCGCCCUCGAAGCGUUCACCACGCAGUCAUGCAUGCUUCUCUGGAUGAAAGCGUCCAAGCUCUUUUCCGUGCCGCAGAACAACACGUAUCCGCUGGGCAUCACCGCUGUCGCCAUCGACGCAACGAGAAAGCACGCUCCGUUUGGCUUCUUCGCCUGUGCUGUCCAGAUCAUCGCCUGCAUCGUGCUCUUGUGCUGGAACUCUAUCGGCAUGGGAGGCAAGAUGGCCGGCUACUACCUGGCCGGCACCGCCUACAUGAUCCAGCCAGUCACUUUUAUCUGGGCCAAUAUUAUUCUCUCGCGAGCUGGAGAUGACGCGGCGCGUGCUGUCACCCUCUACUCUAUGAAUGGUGCGUACGGCUUGCCCAUCUUGAGCGCCAGAUUCUAA